GGCCAGCAUGGAGAGGAGACGGGUCACCUCAGCGGCUCGCCGCUCCUACAGCUCCUCCUCGGACGUGGUCGGGGGAGGCCUGGUCUCCGGCCGCCGCCUGGGCCCGGGCACCCGCCUCUCCCUGGCCAGGAUGCCGCUUCCUCUCCCGGCCCGGGUGGACUUCUCACUGGGCGGGGCCCUCAACACCGGCUUCAAGGAGACGCGGGCCAGUGAGCGGGCAGAGAUGAUGGAGCUCAACGACCGCUUUGCCAGCUACAUCGAGAAGGUGCGCUUCCUGGAGCAGCAGAACAAGGCGCUGGCUGCGGAGCUGAACCAGCUGCGGGCCAAGGAGCCCACCAAGCUGGCCGAUGUCUACCAGGCUGAGCUGCGUGAGCUAAGGCUGCGGCUCGACCAGCUCACAGCCAGCAGCGCCCGGCUCGAGGUCGAGAGAGACAAUCUGACGCAGGACCUGGGCACCCUGAGGCAGAAGCUCCAGGAUGAAACCAACCUGAGGCUGGAGGCUGAGAACAACCUGGCCACCUAUCGACAGGAGGCCGAUGAAGCCACCCUAGCCCGUCUGGAUCUGGAGAGGAAGAUUGAGUCUCUAGGGGAGGAAAUCCGGUUUUUGAGGAAGAUCCAUGAGGAGGAGGUGCAGGAGCUCCAGGAGCAGCUAGCCCAGCAGCAGGUCCACGUGGAGCUGGAUGUGGCCAAGCCGGACCUCACAGCGGCCCUGAGAGAGAUCCGCACGCAGUACGAGGCCAUGGCGUCCAGCAACAUGCAUGAGGCCGAGGAGUGGUACCGGUCCAAGUUUGCGGACCUGAACGACGCAGCCGCCCGCAACGCCGAGCUGCUCCGCCAGGCCAAGCACGAGGCCAACGACUACCGGCGCCAGCUGCAGGCCUUGACCUGCGACCUGGAGUCCUUGCGCGGCACGAACGAGUCCCUGGAGAGGCAGAUGCGGGAGCAGGAGGAGCGGCACGCGCGGGAGGCGGCGAGUUACCAGGAGGCGCUGGCUCGGCUGGAGGAGGAGGGGCAGAGCCUCAAAGACGAGAUGGCCCGCCAUCUGCAGGAGUACCAGGACCUGCUAAACGUCAAGCUGGCCCUGGACAUCGAGAUCGCCACCUACAGGAAGCUGCUGGAGGGCGAGGAGAACCGCAUCACCAUUCCCGUGCAGACCUUCUCCAACCUGCAGAUCCGAGAAACUAGCCUGGACACCAAGUCCGUGUCAGAAGGCCACCUCAAGAGAAACAUCGUGGUAAAGACCGUGGAGAUGCGGGACGGAGAGGUCAUAAAGGAAUCCAAGCAGGAGCACAAGGACGUGAUGUGAGGCAGGACCCUCCUGGUGGCCCCUGUCCCACAGUGUGAGGGGCCUGAGCAGAUGGGAUUGUUGCCCCUCUUCUGAUGGUGGACUCCCCCAGACCCGAGUUCCCACUCACCCCGGCUGCUCCCCUCGUCCCUCCACCUCUACACCAGCUUGCUGCCCUAGGCUCCGUGGGUACCAGACCUGCCAGACAGCACCCACCCUACACCCAGUAACUCCAACUAACAAGGCACUUACCCCAAAGGGGCGGCCUGGAGGGCCAUGGCCAGCAGCUUGGGUUAGAACUGGGCGGAAGGAGAGAAGUUGGGGAGGGCCAGGGACCCAAUAAAUCGCCCUCCUCAAUAUCCCUAACCCCCACUGUCAUGGCAACUAUUGCCAGAGCUGGGGGUCCCUGGGGGUAACUGGGAAGUGGGCCUUGGAGUUUCGUCAGGCUGCUGGAGGAAAACCAAGACUCUGAGACAGGAACCCCCACAGGCGACGUAGUCCUGGCCAGAGGUGUCUUCUAGACUGACCCUGAGCAGUCUGAGAGCGGGUGGGGACAUCCUGCCACUUGGAGCGGUCCCCAGACAGAAUGCCUGGCCUGCCCAGAUCCCAGAGGGGCCUUCUGAGUGAUGAUUCAAAUGUCUCAGUCCCACAAAGCUGACAUGUGGGCAUGCUGUGGGCAUGCCAUGGGCAUGUGGGAGCUUGAUUCUCAGCACUUGCGGGAUCUAUAGUGUAAGUGGAGAGGGAAUGGGUGCUGGGAAGGAGUAGAGGGGAGCUGCCUGGCCCCUAGGUUGGAUACAGAGAGGUCAAGCCCAGGAGUCGACCCUCCAUAAGGCUGGAGGGGAGGCAGGUGGAGAUGGUAGGGGAGGCAGUUGGGAUGAUGCUAGACAUCAGAGUUGGGGGUUGUGGGCAACCAGGUACACCUGGCCUCUGGGUCAUGGGGAAUCAAGGAAGUGACUCAUCCUCUUGAAGAUGCUGAAACAGGAGAGAGAGGCAGCUGUCCCCGGGGGCAGGGCACACUUUGUCCCAUGCUAAAGGCCCCUUCCUUGCUGCAUAAUCCCCCCACCCAGGCCUCGGAGCUACUGUAGCUGCUGCCUCGAGACCCCAGCAAACACUGCUGGGCGAAGCCACCCCCAUUCAUCUGACACUCUCCACCCUACAGUGACCUGCUGCUUUCCCCUAACCAAGGGCCCUUGUGGUUCUCCUCUUACUCAAAUACAAAGUGUACCCUCAUUUUGUAGGUAGUACUCUAUUUUAUCAUUCGGGAAAUGGAGGCAUGAGCAGAGUGAAGGCUCUGGUUUGUGCUCUGCUUUCCAUGGGAAGACUGUGGGGGGCAGGCACAGGACAAUCUGUGCCCAGAAGUAGGGCUGAAAGGGCCCACUCCAGGGUCCCCCUCGCCCUUCUAAGGCCAGAGAAGUGAGAGUCCCUCUUUCCAAGACCUGGUGCCCUUUCCCCCACUCCCUCCUGCCACCCACCGCUGCUAACCUUCAGAGCACCACUGCAGCCUUUACUCACUAAGGUAAAUAAAGACAAUGGCCGUGGCCUUUC